AUGCGGGGAUCGUCGCAGCAGUUCCUGGGGAUCCCAGGACCCCAGAAGAUCCUCAAGACCUUUGGGUCUUUGUGGCUCUCGCAGACACCAGAAGACAAAACAUCUGCAGGAACCUCUUCGUCUUGCCCUGUGUCCGAAAUCAGUUGUCAAGCUAAGUAUCAUGGCCAAGACACCUGCUGUUUCAACUACCCCGGUGGCCAAAUGCUGCAGACGCAGUUCUGGGAUGUUGACCCUGCCCUUGGCCCUGAAGACUCCUGGACAAUUCAUGGACUCUGGCCCGAUCACUGUACCGGCGGCUUCGACCAAUUCUGUGACUCCCGACGCAAAUACAGCAAUAUUUCGCUGAUUAUUGUCGACUCGGGUCGCGGAGAUCUACUUGAAUACAUGAGCGAAUACUGGAAGGACUUCCGCGGUGAUGAUUCGAACCUUUGGCAACAUGAGUGGAACAAGCAUGGCACUUGUGUCAGUACUCUUGAGACUCAUUGCUACGAAGAUUACAUCCCGCAACAGGAGGUUGUGGAUUACUUUGACAGGACGGUGGAGGUCUUCAAGGAUCUACCUACUCAUGAAUUCCUGGCCAAUAAUGGAAUUAUACCAUCACAAACACAGACCUACGCUCUCGCCGACAUUGAAGGUGCACUAGAGCGUGCCCAUGGAAACCCUGUCACUGUUCGUUGCCAACGCGGUGCCCUCAAUGAGGUCUGGUACUAUUUCAACAUCGCGGGAAGUCUGCAAACAGGGAAAUUCCAUUCUGCGAGCCCUGAUGGCCAAAAAUCCAACUGUCCUUCGAAGGGCAUCAGGUACCCACUGAAGCAUUCUCGGCCCGAGCCCACUCAGACAACAACUAGCGGCCACCCCGAUCCCACAGCACCCAGCGACCCAUUCUCCGGUAGGGGUAACCUGAUUGUUUCUAACCGCAACCAAAAGCAUGGUUGCAUCAUCAGCUACGGAACAUGGUUUACGUCGGGUACCUGUGCUACCUUCCGGACCGAGAAGAUAUCAGAUGAUGCGUUCUCUUUGAAAUCCAGCAAGGGGGUCUGUGCCUUUGAGCAGGACACCCUUACUUGCGGGCCGGAAGUAAAAACCCCUAGCGAGUUUACUGUUAAGGAUGGGAAACUCUCCUACGAGGACAAGACUACCUUCUAUGCUGAUCAGGCACCAAGAGGGCGUACACAGAGCAAUGUGUAUGCUUCGCAGGAAGAACGGUCUAUUGAGAUCGAAAUCACCUGGGCGUCUAAGAGCUAUUGA